AUGCAGCUCACUGAUGACCUGUUGGUAUACAAGAACGUUCUCAACUAUUUGCCUACUCCUACCUCGGACGGCAAUUUGCGAUCAAACCGCUUUGCCAUCCCAAUGCAAUGUGAAUACUCCAGGCAGUUGAGUUUGGAAAGUGAGGCUAUUGAACCUACCUGGGUCCCCUAUUUGUCAACCGUGAAGGCUGAGGAUUUUCUGCAGUUGAGCCUGAGGUUGAUGACGAGUAAACUGAGACAUGGUGGUAGAGCUUUAACUGAUUGCAGAAGCUUUAAAAACAUUUCAACCUUUUGCAGCUGCCUGGUUGAUGGCAGGCUCGCAGGUUCUGGCUCCCAGUUUUUACCACGGCUUCAAGAUGACGACAAACUUCAUUUUACACUUGACACCUUUCUGUUUUACCAGCACCUAUACAACCCCUGCUCAGGAUGGGCCUCUUCUACCAAAGAGUUUAAGUGUUUGUGUUGUAGCUGGAGGUCAGUUGAUGGCAACGAUCAGGUGUGUGGCAGCUGUGAUGUAUCCCAGCGGAUGGAGGAACCAGUCAUCACACCUGCUCGUGUAACACCAGCUACAACCAUCACCUUCACCACUCAACCAACCCUGGCAUCAAAAAAUCAGGAAGACUGAAUCGGUUUUCUACUUUCGUGUUCAGCCUCGCAAAGGAGUUGCGUUACUCAGCGGCUCCUCUAACAAGCCAUCUAUAUCCACAGGAAUGUUCAAAAGGGGGAAUAACCCGAAAGGUUUGUGUCUGGCUGUCUGAUUUUGUCUGAUUUUCCUGAAUUGUAUUAUUGCUGCAUAUAUAUUCCUGCUGUAUUUUUCUGCAUAUUGAUGACUAGUGAUUUCAUUUUUUUUAUUUAUUAUUCCUCCCCCUCUCAGGAUGGCAUAAGACCACAACUUUGGGCCCCAUCAUGAUCCACCCAUAGGACGUUUCUGCACUGGUACUGCCCACCCCCACUCCAGUCAGUGGUUCAGGAAAUGACACCAUCCCAUCCAGUUAGACCUGCCAUCCGCUAAUGAAACUGUUCUUGACUCUGAACUGUUUCAAGAGAUAAAUUGGUAUGAACUAUGUGUGUAGUAAUUUAACAUUUUAGAGAACUAC